AUGAUCGGAUCGUGUUGUUUCUGUGCAGAUCGUAAUUUCUAUGAAAUCCUAAACGUUCCAAAAGAUGCAGAUUUAAGAGAUAUAAGACAUGCGUAUCACAAGAUAUUGCGAAACAGAGACAGAAGAGAGGAUAGACAUAGACCAACUCGACAUUUUCAAGAUGUUCUUCAUGCGUAUCAAGUUCUUUCCGAUGAAAAGAAGAGAAAAAUAUAUGACAAGUUUGGAGAACGAGGUCUUCGUGAAGGGAUGAAUCUACCAGUGGAGGAAGAAGAGAGUGGGGAGGUUUCUGUGAACAAGAUGACAUCACCUGAGAAGAAUACGAUUUCACAAAGCUCUUUGAAUGACUAUAAUGGACCUACCACUUUCCAAGCACUGAUGAUGGUUGUGGGAAUCAUUGUACUUGUUGUUUUCUUCAUGAAAAGAUCAUCUAAAAGCAAAACUUCAGUCACACCUUCAACUCCUAAAGAAGAUGUGUAUUGGGAUAAAGUUCUUUAA